AUUGCAAAAUCAGCCUCUUAAUUUCUCCUGUCUCUGCUGUCCCUUAUGGAGUUUAGACUAUUGGCAACUUUCCUUCUCUUUUCUUCUAUCAUUUCAAUCUCAUUCUCAGACUCAACCCAAGUAAUUUCAGCUUCUUCCGCUGGACCUUUUCUUAGAGGCACCACUCGACGUCGUAGCACGAUUCAACAGUUUCUAGCACCUCACAACAAGGUGAGAGCAAAGCUCGGACUGCCUCCUCUAAAAUGGAGCAAGAAGCUGACGAGUUUCGCUUAUGGGUGGGCGAAUCAACGCCGAGAGGAUUGCGAUUUGGUGCAUUCCAAUAGCAAUUAUGGGGAGAAUCUGUUUUGGGGAAGUGGGAAAGACUGGAAAGCGAGCGAUGCUGUUAAAGCAUGGGCUGCAGAGAAAAGUUACUACAAUUAUGAAACAAAUACUUGCGCUAAAAAUGAAGAGUGUCUGCACUAUACGCAGAUGGUUUGGAGGCAAAGCUUGAAGGUGGGCUGCGCACGAGUUGUGUGUAAAAGCGGCGAUACAUUUAUCACAUGUAACUAUGAUCCCCAUGGCAAUGUGGUCGGCCAAAAGCCCUUUUGAAAUGAGAUAAAUUAAACUUUACUUCUCAUUUCAUCACUACUUGUAUUAUUAAAUAUUAAUUAUAUACAUACAUAUAUGUAACUAUUAUGUCCCAGAGCACAGAU